GUCGUGGUCGGCGUUUCUGCUCGGCUUUUCUCCACUUUUCGUCUCCCUUUGUCUUCUUCCUUUUCUUUCCUCCAUCUUCGCCCUCUCUCCGCGUUUGUUCAGGAGAGAGACAGGAGACUUUUCCCGUCUGCUUCGUGGUGUGUGGCACCCCUCUCUGCCUCCGUCUCUCCGGCGCCUCCGCCCAGACCGGUGGCACCCGUUUCUGCAUUUCCUGCGAUUUCCCUCGAUUUUCCUCGGCUUCACAAUGACGAUCCACUCCUGCCUCGCGAGACGAGCAGUCUCCGUCGCCGCCUCCGGCGCCCGCGCCUUCGCAUCGGGCCUCGGCGCGCGUGCUGUCGCGGUCGGAGCUCUGCAGAGUGCCCGACUUCUUCACACUUCCAGCCUCCGCGCGGCCGGAGCGAAAAUCUCUCCGUCAGAAAUGUCGCGACUGCUCGAAGAAAGAAUCGCAGGGUGGAAGACGCAGACCUCGACGGAGGAAGUCGGUCGCGUCGUCUCUGUCGGAGAUGGCAUCGCGCGGCUGUUUGGCCUGGAAGGCGUCCAAGCCGGAGAACUCGUUGAGUUCCAGAAUGGCAUGACAGGCAUGGCGCUCAACCUGGAGACAGACAACGUCGGCGUUGUGAUUUUUGGCGACGACAGGUCCGUGUUGGAGGGAGACAGCGUGAAGAGAACAGGCCGCAUCGUCGAUGUCCCAAUUGGACCCGGUCUUCUUGGCCGCGUCGUGGAUGCGCUGGGCAACCCCAUCGACGGAAAGGGUCCUAUCCCUGCGAAGGAGCGUCGCCGUGUGGAGUUGAAAGCGCCCGGAAUCAUUCCCCGCAAAAGUGUACACGAACCGAUGAUGACAGGACUCAAGUGCGUUGACGCGCUUGUUCCAGUCGGUCGCGGACAGCGCGAGCUCAUCAUCGGCGAUCGCCAGACCGGGAAGACCGCAGUCGCAGUCGACGCCAUUAUCAACCAGAAGGAAAUCAACGACAGCACUGACGACGAGUCGAAAAAACUUUACUGCAUCUACGUCGCCGUCGGGCAGAAACGCUCGACAGUCGCUCAAAUCGUUAAGGCUCUUGAGCAGCGCGAUGCGAUGAAGUACACGACCGUCGUCGCUGCGACUGCGAGCGAGGCCGCGCCCCUGCAAUUCCUUGCUCCCUACAGUGGCUGCGCCAUGGGCGAGUGGUUCCGCGAUAGCGGCCGACACUGCGUGAUUAUCUACGAUGAUCUGUCGAAGCAAGCGACUGCGUAUCGUCAAAUGUCUCUGCUGCUGCGUCGUCCGCCUGGGCGCGAAGCGUAUCCCGGAGAUGUCUUCUACCUCCACUCGCGUCUCCUGGAGCGUGCGGCGAAGAUGGGCGACAAGAGCGGCGGCGGCAGUCUGACUGCAUUGCCGGUCAUCGAGACUCAAGCGGGUGAUGUGUCGGCUUAUAUUCCGACCAACGUGAUUUCAAUCACCGACGGACAGAUUUUCCUGGAAACUGAAUUGUUCUACAAAGGCAUUCGCCCUGCUAUCAACGUCGGUCUCUCGGUCAGCCGCGUCGGCUCUGCUGCUCAGGUGAAAGCGAUGAAACAAGUUGCUGGAACGAUGAAGCUGGAGUUGGCGCAGUAUCGCGAAGUUGCUGCGUUUGCGCAAUUCGGAAGUGACCUGGAUGCGUCCACGCGUCAGCUGCUGACCCGCGGCACUGCGCUCACGGAACUUCUCAAGCAGCGCCAGUACUCCCCCAUGAAGAACUCUGUUCAGGUGUGCGUUUUGUACUGCGGAGUGAAGGGCUACCUCGACCCGCUCGAUCCGAAGGAGAUUUCGCGAUUUGAAUCUCUCUUCAUCGACUACAUCAACGCGAACCAUCAGGACAUUCUCAAGACCAUUGAAACAGAAGGAGCUAAGCGAGAAGACGGAGGCGAAGCUGCGGGCGGCAGUCGACGAGUUUGUGGCGAUGAACGAGUUCAAGAAGAAAUAAGGUUUCUCGGAGUCGACGUCUCUUUGCUUUCGAGAUGAGGAAGCCGCCUCUCGCGUCUGUCUCUCUGUGCCUGGCGCGUUGUUCGUCUCGAAACGCAUGGUAUUCGGACCCGUGCAUUCGUCUCUCUUCGUUUCCUCCAACAGCGAGGGUGUCUCGUCGUUCUGCUCACCCAACUCGCAGGCUGACUUUCAUCUAAAAACGCAUGCAACGAGGUCGCUCGCGCGCUCGCCCAACAGGCGCCAGACAGACCAAAGGAGCCCUCUUCGAAAGACUCAUACACACACUCUCUCUCCCAUACACAAACACACACACACACCCGUACACAGAUUGACUCGAGCCUAUUUUCUUCAUGCAUGCAUCUAGAUGUUUGUUUAUAUAUGUAUAUGUGUAUGAAUCAGUGAAUUACUUUAGAGGAGACGAAGACAAGGGUGGAGUCUUUUCCAAGCAAAGACACACAGAGGCUUACCGGGCAAAAGGUCCUCCGGCAGAACGAUGGAAACAGAUCAGCUGAUGCCCUGUGGUUCGCAAAAGAGAUCGCAGUCUCCCUCUCUACCUGGUCGUGUGUCUGCAUGUAAACCGACGGCGAGACUCUGGACUUUAGGGGUUCAGUGCUUACGCCUCCA